AGAACUGCCUUUUGUCAGUUGCGAGGUCGUGUACUCUGGCCAAAAAUAUUCUAAGAUUAAUAAUUAUUUAAGGAAUCAAAUACAAUUAAAAAAAAAGUUUAAUCUCCAGUGAGAUGGUUUGAUAACAGAUUGCGAGCCCGCAGGCCAUAGCGUUUGUGAAUCAACAACUUGGGAUCAGCGAUUUACGUAACAGCUCGGCAUUUCUUGUUUUCAGGACCGCUUUGUCGGUGACUGCAUCAUUAAAGCUGAGUGUGUGAUACACGGUCACAAUUUUAUCCUGGUAGGAGGGAAGACCAUGGCUGAGCAUCUGUCCCAGAGUGAACUGGACUAUCCUUUUAAACUUUUGGAGUUUUUCAACGGCUUCAGAAUCUCUAAGGUGAUAUUCUCAGCAUGUGAGCUGGGGGUGUUCGACCUGCUGUUGCAGUCCCAGAGGGCUCUGAGUGCAGAGAUGGUGGCGCGGGAGCUGGGCACCAGCGUGGACGGAGUGGAGAGGCUCCUGGAUGUGCUGGUGGGAAUUGAGAUCCUGGAGGUGGAGACAGUAGAGGGAACAGUUUUCUACAGUAGCACUGAUGUAGCAAACCUCUACCUCGCCAAGAGCAGUGCCAAAUCUCUUCACGACAUGAUCCUGUAUCAGUCUCAAACUAUCUACCCACUCUGGAACCACCUAGCAGACGCCGUGAGGGAAGGGAAGAACCAAAACCAAAAGACGUUUGGCCUUUCAGCGGAGGACAUCUUCCAAACUAUUUACAGGUCAGACGAAGAGAUGCUGAAAUUCAUGGGUCUGAUGAACUCAACGUGGUCCCUGGAUGGACACGACGUUGUGACGGCGUUCAACCUUUCCAGUUUUCCCACAAUAGUCGACCUCGGAGGUUGUUCGGGGGCGUUAGCUCGUGAGCUGGCCCGGGCCUACCCCUCCUCCUCGGUCACAGUGCUGGACCUGCCCAAGGUCAUCCACAUGGCCAGGGAACACUUCUCUGAAGAAGGGGACACCAUCCUCUUCCAGGAGGGAGAUUUCUUUGACGGGGAGAUCCCAGAGGCUGAUUUGUACAUCCUGGCGAGAAUCCUCCACGACUGGAAGGAGGAGAGGUGUGAGCAGCUGCUAAGGAAGAUCCACGCCUGCUGCCACACAGGCGGGGGAGUUCUCCUGGUGGAGGCUCUGCUGCUUGAGAACAGACGUGGUCCUGUCAUGGCCCAGAUCUUCUCCCUCAACAUGCUGGUGCAGACCGAGGGAAAGGAACACCCUCCCUCCCAGUACUCACGCAUGCUGACCGCCGCCGGCUUCCAAAGUGUCCAGGUCUGCCGGACCGGGAAGUCCUACGACGCUAUACUGGCCAUCAAGUGAGCCUCUCCAAGUUCUUAGACAGAAGUCUUGGAGGAGUGUGGUAAAGCUACCUGGGUCAGAUAACUUGUUUGUGAAAAGCAGUUUAGUGUCUGCAUGACCUUGCCUCUCUGUGCUGGUUACAAUGGUAACAGCUCCUUCCACAGACCUCUUCUGCCCCUCUGUGAUCCAGCGCGUCCCUUUCAGAUGUCCGGGAGACAAAUGUUUGGUGUCCACCUCGUAAUGACACUGGUGAUCUUAGACAUUUAGAUACAUUUCUUAUUUGUGUUUCACAGUAACCAUAUCACUGUUUCUGAUAUCUACCUGAGAUUCAGUAUUGUUUUAAUCAUAAUUGUGAAUAACAUAAGAUCAUAUCCAUUAACUCACAAAUAAUUACAGUAUCAUAUCUGUAUCCUUAAUGAAU